UUGCCAAUUGCGAGCACUAACGAACAACUGUAAAAUAAUAAUUUUGUCGGUAGAAUAAACAUAAAGGCAAGCGAUUUUUGUGUUUCAAUAUGGGGCAAAGGCAGUCGAAGGGGCUUCGCAGGCAGCCUCCGGAACCGUCGCCGACGGACGCCUCCAGUGCACCCGCGGGCGGAGGACUAUUAAGGCGUCGACCCGGGAUGCAGUGCUACCGGCCAGUCGCGUACGAGUCGGAUCAGGCUACUUGUCCGCAGUGCAGCCGGUGCUUUCGGCCCGAAGCGUUCUUUCGCGUCGACGCGCGUAAAUGCCUCGAAUUGCACAUGCUGCAACGGCAUGACAUCACCUCUGACGGUAAGAAGCCACCGCCCUUGGGCCUAUUCCCGGGCUACACUCGUCCGACGAGAGGACGAGCCGCCGGCUCCUGCACCUUCGCCCCGCCCACCCGCAGCAGCAGCGCUCUCGUAACCGACUCUGAAAGCGACAACUCGGAGCGCGGCAUUAGCUGGAGUCGCGUCUUCAAAUGCAUGGAAAACUACGUUGGAGUUUCCGCAGAACGACAACUCGAACGAGAAUUGUAUGAGCUGUGUGCGGGUGACGGAACAGUCGAGUCCUCUGGAACCGAUUACCUGCGCCUGAUCGAGCUCCUCGAUUUGGAUCCGGUCGUCUUCGAAAACGAGCAAAAUCGCCGCCAGCAUUACAAACAAAUACUUUCUGAGCAAGCGGAAGACCUGCGUUUCCGUAUCCGCCAUUCAUCGAGCGCGCACUCCAGCUCCGCUCAUCUAGCCCAGCUUGACAGUGAGGCGCUCGCUCCAGUCCGUCCGUGGAACAAACUCUUCAAACAAACACGUUCCGGAGAAGGCGUGCGUGACCCACCCAGCGGUUCGCUCCAGGACAUUAAUCGCUCCAGCAACAGCAACACCAGCAACCCGCCUUCGGCGAAUUCGAUUUGCCUGAUGUUGGCAGAGAGACGAAAUUCGCUCAUGGAGAAACGCAGGAAAGAAUUUUCUGCUGAAAAGUUUUUUGUGCGUCCCCUAGGACCCGGCGAAAAGCCCUGGGGGUUGCGAAAAAUUGUAAACCUGAAUGCCAAACACGGGCCCAAGCAAGUGACGCCGCUUGUUGCAGCCGUGCUCAGCGGGCGGCGUGAAGUGGUGCAGUUGCUCCUCAACACCAUCAAGAGCGAGCCGGUCCACACAAUGCUGGCUUACGCCACAUCCUGCGGACUCCCGCACGCAGCGGCAGCAGUGAAAAACCUCACUUCAGGAACGCUGCGUAGAUGGCAUGAGUCGGGCAAAUUAACAAGUCGUGGACACAGACCGCACGACAAAGAGAUUCAGUUCGACGAGACGAGUGGGACGGGCGAAACCGCACUCUCGGCUGCUGUACGAAACACAGAUUCGGACUCUAGUGGUGACAUCGUGAAGGACCUGCUCGUAUCCACUGCAAAGAUGUCCGGAUCUGGGAAGUUGUAAUGCUAAAUCUCGGAUGAUCGCCAAGGCCAAUGCAACAGCAUACCCACACUUCGCAGGCAAGCAUAACAAAGUUUGUUUGCUCCGUGAAUGUGCGUAUUCCGAGAGAGAAAUCGCGUUCUUGCGAUAAGUACAAACAAGCGAAGGUCAUCUUGCUCUUGCGCAAGAUGCAUUAUACAAACAAACUCGACAGCCAGUUUGGCUUCGCACAAGCAUUACAAAUUUCCAGACCCAGAUAUAUUUGCAAUCCAUAUCUCGAGUGUUACGAGGCCAAUCUCGACGCACGUACUGCUGAGGCGCCCGAGGAAGAAGCGAUCCACGUGGAGCAGGUUGCUAAGAUGUUAUUGGGCGACAAUCCAGCAGAGACCGUCCGCAUGCUCGGCCGGAAUGCGAUAGCAGCCUACGUGGCUCACUUCAUCCGCCGGCGGCAGAGGGACAGUCGCGUGGGAGGCAGUUUGGGCGACCCCCAAGCCGGAAUGGAGUCCGAUAUUUCUUCGGUUGCGGGCCGUUGCGUGGAUCUCUGUGCGCAAAUUGGGGUCCAAGUGGAGCUGCAGCGCGCAAAAAGCGAGCCCGAGUGCCACGUGUGUUACGAACCAUGUCGUCCUCCGAUUUUCGCAGUCAAUCCGUGCGGACACGCGCCAUUCUGCGAGAGUUGCGCCGACUACUUGAUGAUCGACUACUUCAUGAUCGAUGACUUCCAGAAACGGUGUCCGGUCUGUAGAGGUAACAUCACCGGGUUUUUGAAAGUGUACAUGCGGGACCAAGAAUAA